AUGGCGGACGGCAGAGAUAAAGCGCUUCAAGACUACAGGAAAAAACUCUUGGAACAUAAAGAAGUAGACGGACGAUUAAAAGAACUGAGGGAGCAGCUGAGAGAACAGACCAAACAGUAUGAGAAGUCUGAGAACGACCUGAAGGCUCUGCAAAGUGUCGGACAGAUUGUUGGAGAGGUACUAAAACAGCUUACGGAGGAGAAAUUUAUUGUCAAAGCUACGAACGGACCUCGAUAUGUGGUUGGAUGUCGCAGACAGGUAAUAACUUUGGACAAGUCUCAGCUGAAGCCCGGGACCAGAGUGGCUCUGGACAUGACCACCCUCACCAUCAUGAGGUACCUGCCGCGGGAGGUGGAUCCUCUGGUUUACAACAUGUCCCAUGAAGAUCCUGGCAGUGUGUCGUACUCUGAGAUCGGAGGCUUGAGUGAACAGAUCAGAGAACUCCGAGAGGUGAUCGAGCUGCCUUUAACAAACCCUGAACUUUUCCAAAGAGUUGGAAUCAUUCCCCCCAAAGGCUGCCUACUGUACGGACCCCCAGGUACGGGGAAAACUCUUCUUGCCAGAGCAGUGGCCAGUCAGCUGGACUGCAACUUCCUCAAGGUUGUGUCCAGUUCCAUCGUGGACAAAUAUAUCGGUGAAAGUGCUCGGCUCAUCAGAGAGAUGUUUAACUACGCCAGAGACCAUCAGCCCUGCAUCAUCUUCAUGGACGAGAUCGACGCCAUCGGAGGGAGACGCUUCUCUGAGGGCACCUCCGCAGACAGAGAAAUCCAGAGAACUCUCAUGGAGCUUCUGAACCAGAUGGACGGCUUCGACACGCUGCACAGAGUGAAGAUGAUCAUGGCCACAAACCGACCGGACACUCUGGACCCGGCUCUGCUGCGUCCCGGACGACUGGACCGCAAAAUCCACAUAGAACUACCGAACGAACAGGCCCGACUGGACAUCCUGAAGAUCCACUCCAGUCCGAUCACAAAACACGGAGAACUGGAUUAUGAGGCGAUUGUGAAGCUUUCCGACGGUUUCAACGGAGCAGAUCUCAGGAACGUGUGCACAGAAGCAGGUUUAUUCGCCAUCCGUGCCGACAGAGAAUACGUGACACAAGAAGACUUCAUGAAGGCCGUCCGCAAAGUGGCCGACUCUAAGAAACUCGAGUCCAAGUUGGACUAUAAACCCAUAUAA